AUGACUUCAGUGAAGUCGAAGAUAGCACGUGCAGCAGGCCGUGGCGGCACCGAUUCAGUUGACUCCCAAGAGGCCGAGCAAUAUCGACUCUUAGUUACAGCUGGACCAUCAUAUGACUUGAAGCAACACAAGAUCAUCCAUGUCAAUACUGACACCCCGACAACAAUCGAAAAUGAGUUCCUCACUGUGAAGAUCAACGUUCGCGUUCGGGGAUUUCGAGGCCUUCCAGAUACUAGUCCAUCGACGGCGAGCUACUUAGAGCAUCCUAUGCAUCAGAAGGAUCAAUACUCUUUGGGCUUCAGCUUCGUCCCGAAGCAAGACCUUCCUUCGGUCGAUACUGUCUGGGGCAAUGAUCUAGAUCAUCCGAUUCGAGAUCGCAUACCGCCAGGCUUCAACACUGCUUUUCGAAUCGUGAAGGAAUUCAUUGAUCCCGGUCUGAGUUGUGAUGUGUACGCGGAUGAGCCUUGGCUAUAUGGGCCAAGUCUGAGCUGCUGGUUUGCUUUUCGCAUUGGUGAUACGUACCAAGAAGGUCAAGAUUUUCCGGCCCCCGGCGUGCUGAGUGAUGGCUCCGAUGGAUCUGGAACAGCAGUGAGGGAGAGGCUUGGUAUUCCAGACAACAACGAGAAGCGGAGGAAGUUCUUCCUAGACGCCAAAAACCGCGAGUCGCUGGUCUUCGAGAAGGGAAGGCUGUAUCAGGGAGAUUUCUAUAAUCCUUACCUGGACUUUGCCAACUUCGCCUUGAAGCUCCCGGGCUUCAGCCUCAAGGUCAUCAAGUACAUCGGAGAGAAGACCCAUUGUCUACGUUACGUCUUCAAAAAUAGAGAGACUGGAGACAUCUACUUCAACGUCAACUUCACUCUGCUGUGGGGCGAGCAGCUACGCAAAGCACAAGAGGAGGGUCAGCUUGAGCCAGAGCAAGCGACAGCAGGAGCUGAGAACGCCAUCUCAUCAGAGAAUGGCACUCAAAACCAUGAUCAAGCUUCUGACUCUGACAAGUACCCUUCUGCAGGCUCUGAUGAAGAAGGGCGUGUGCCAGCGACAUCGCAUCCAGCACCACCUACGAUGCAACUUCACCCAGGAGACCACACUGCUGCAGCUUCUGAUGUUGCGUCUCAAGCCGCAGUUGAUGACAUAGACAAGCUGUUGAGGAAUACUUCAACGGAUCAACAGCGGAGCGGUCUUUUCCUCGACGAGAUCGACUAG